AUGGUGUCGGCUCUAGCGGUGUACCACGGGGCAAUCAGUAAAUUGGAGUGUGAGGAUCGGCUGGGGAAGAUGGGGAAGGAUGGAGCCUACCUCAUCAGAGACAGCGAAACCAUCCAAGCAGCAAUGUGUCUGUGUGUCUAGUGAGUAGCACACUCCUUGUUCUUUUUAUGGAAAUGUAGGAAGUUGAAUGUACACCAAUCCAUCCUCCAAGUAUUUUAUAAAUGCUUUAUAGAAUUAAUCCUAGCUUUUAAUAUUGUGGGGUGGUUUGGUGCUUUAGGGAACACUAGUCUGAACCAGUGCUUGACUUGGACUGAAAUAGGUUCCAGUACUCAUGUUGGAUGGCGGUACUGUUUAUAUUGAGGUGCAGGAGCUCCACAAUACGUUUGAGCUAAUAUUCUAUAAGAGGAACAGGAGCUCAAGCAGUAGAACAUUUGAGGUGCCGGUACUCAGCUCCGGUGAGCUUCUGCCCAAGUCAAGAACUGGGGGUGGUGUGGGGAAAUUCUCUCCGCUCUGCUGAUGAGUUUUUGCUCCACUCAUACAGGAGUAAUAAAGGCCUAGUGCACUAAUUUGGUGGGGGAAAAACUCAAUUAAUUAAAAAAAAGAUUAUUUAUUAUUUUAUUGUGAUUUAUCAGGGGGGGCUCAGCACCCUCAGCACUCCUACCUCAUGUGGCUAUGCUUGUGUGUAUUACCCCAUCACCACACAUGAAGUUCCCUCUCAGGAAAUAAAAGUGAAUUUGAAAUGAUUCAGUUCUCUCUCCUCUUCUGACUGUUGUGUGUGUGUUGUGUUUCUGCAGUAGACAGAAGGUGGUGUAUACCUACAGGAUCCUCCAGACCAACACUGGAAACUACAGCCUGCAGGUACACCCUGUGUGUGUGUGUUUCUUACUUACUUUUUAAAAAACUAUCUUGGUUAAGGGCUUGUAAGUAAGCAUUUUACGAUAAGGUCUACACCUGUUGUAUUCUGGGCAUGUGACAAAUACAAUUUGAUUUGUUUCUGAUGGUCUGUGUGUGUUUCUGAUGGUCUGUGUGUGUGUGUGUCUGAUGGUCUGUGUUUGUGUAUGUUUCUGAUGGUCUGUGUUUUAUGUGUGUUUCUGAUGGUCUGUGUUUGUGUGUGUUUCUGAUGGUCUGUGUUUGUGUGUGUUUCUGAUGGUCUGUGUUUGUGUGUGUUUCUGAUGGUCUGUGUUUGUGUGUGUUUCUGAUGGUCUGUGUUUGUGUGUGUUUCUGAUGGUCUGUGUUUGUGUGUGUUUCUGAUGGUCUGUGUUUGUGUGUGUUUCUGAUGGUCUGUGUUUGUGUGUGUUUCUGAUGGUCUGUGUUUGUGUGUGUUUCUGAUGGUCUGUGUGUGUGUUUCUGAUGGUCUGUGUUUGUUGGUUGUGUUUGUGUGUGUUUCUGAUGGUCUGUGUUUGUGUGUGUUUCUGAUGGUCUGUGUUUGUGUGUGUUUCUGAUGGUCUGUGUUUGUGUGUGUGUAGACAGCUCCUGGUGUGGAGGAGAAGUUAUUUAAGACAUUAGAGGAACUUGUUCAACAUUAUAAGCAUCGAGGGCAGGGAUUGGCCCAGCACCUGCGCCACUUAGUCAAGAGAAAGACUCUGCUUCAACUCACUGCCCCCAAUGUCAUCGAUGAGGAGCCUGAUUAUGAGAGUAGGUAA